GUUGCUUUCCCUCACGGGCUUUCGGUCCGCUGCCGAGACUCCCCUGCAGUGCUGCUGCCCGCCUCGCCCAGCCCAGCCCCUCGGGCUUCCGCGGUGCCGCCGCCGGGGUGGCUGCUCUGCUUUACCCCUGGGCCCGGUCGUUGCGCCCCGGGCGGGCGGUGGCAGCAGCUGCUGUGCUGCGGUUGGAAGGGGGCUGCGUAUGCGGCUGCGCGGCCUGCUGGCUGGGGCGCUGGCCUGAGGGACGCCUGGGGCUGAGGAGGUGGCGGUGCUCGUUACGGGUGUGAGAGGACUUGCCUGUGAGGCAACCGCAUUAAGUACCAGAUGAGUUGUCUCCUGCUCCCAGGGAUUUCCGUAGCCCAGAGGUGGGCUGUAGGUACUGAAGUUGCAGGACUACAGCAGGCAGACCGUUUUUUUUUCCUCCGGAUCCAUAAAUGGCAGUAUUUCUUUUCGUUGGCUGCUUUGAUUUGCUGUGUCCUUGUUAAAAAGACUGCCUCCAUCUGCUCAGUAGUAGUUUCCUUUUGAAAUAUCUUUCCAGGUGUUUUGCCAGGAGAAUCCCAGCUUGGUUGCGUUGGCAAAUGAUGAGGGAGAAAUUUAGAACCAUUGGUCGAACUGAUGAUGAAAAUAGUGAUACCUGGAUUGUGAAAUGUGCUCCUGAGAAAAAACUUCCUAAUGGAUUAAGAAACUCCUACCGACCAGGACAUUGGACAGAAUAUAUGGGCAGAGUCUUUGUCUACUUGGGAGACAAUGGCAUCAAAGAAGAUGAGAUGAAAAGAACUAUGACAACAAUUCCUUUCACUGCGGGAAUGGUAGAUCUUCUGGGUUUUAUUGGCAAAAACAAAGAGUUGUUUGACUGCAUAAUUGUUUCAGAUUCUAAUACAGUAUUUAUUGACUGGAUUUUGAAAGCUUAUGACUUCCAUAAGGUGUUUGAUGAAGUGUUUACAAACCCUGCAGCAUUCAGCAGUACUGGCUAUCUUACGGUACAGAACUUCCAUGCUCACCAUUGUGCAAAGUGCCCUAAAAACCUUUGCAAAAGGAAAGUUUUAAAAGAAUUUCUAGAUAAACAGUUGGAGCAAGGAGUAAGUUAUACACAAAUUGUAUAUGUAGGUGAUGGUGGGAAUGACUUAUGUCCAGUAAUGUUUUUGAAGAAGGAUGAUAUUGCUAUGCCCAGGCAGGGUUAUACCUUGGAGAAAAAGAUUUCUCAGCUGGCCCGAGAUCUCAGUCCUGUGGAGUGUUCUGUUCUGGUUUGGUCAUCUGCUAUUGACAUUAUGUCUUAUCUGAAACUGCUUAUAAAGGAAUAAUUCAAAUGAUAAAAGGAAACUAAUACAGUUAUGUUUUAUCUUCCUGGGAGAGAAAAACUGCAUGUGUAUAAAAGCACAACACUGUAAAAUUGGGCUGUUAUCUGAACUUACGUUUUUUAAACACAAUAUAAAACUGUUUAUGUUCAAUCUUGGUAAUAGUGGGAAAGUGAAGUUAAAAUGGCUUUCUAACAUAGUACACAUUCCAACUUAAGUGGAGAAGGGGAGUCGCAAGAGGAAUUGCCAUUAUUCUUAGUCUUCCCCUCCCCCCCAGCCUUUACCGACUACAUAACUGACCUUUUCUGUUCCACGCGCUUAGGGGAAGGAGUAGGAUUAGUGCACAAAAGAAUGAAAUUCUUUACUUACAGAACAUUAGGUGCCAGGAGCAUGGUUCUGGAACUGGUGGCUUUUGUGGUGCUUUGAUCAGGAUAAAUGUUUAACUUUGUAAAUUAUUUGGUAUGCUUGUAAUCUUGUUUGAUCUGAAGAUGCAUUUAUAUUUUCAAUAUACUAAAUAUUUUACCAAGCAAAAUUACUUUUUAAUAGUUUGUAUUAUCUUGUAUUGUAAAGACAAUAAAAGUUACUGUCACUAAC